UUCCGGUCGCCAUGGCGACCGGGCGCCUUGGGGUUGGGGAGACGCUGGAAGCCCUUAAUGCAGCUGUAGGGUCUGGUAGCCCGGUGUGGUUUAAGGAAACGCAUGCCCGGCACCUUCGUGUCCGAGACUUCUUGGCACCGCGAAGCGCGCUACAGGCGCGCUUCAGGGAUGGGCAGGUGCCAGAGUGCGUGUUGCGUGCGGUCUCCUGCCUGCAGGGUCCAGGAGUGGCCCCUGUACUGCGCUGCGCGCCGACACCCGCGGGUUUAUCGCUCCAACUACAGCGGCCCGCAGUCUUCGAACAUGUACUCGGUGCCCUGGCCUCCUAUGCUACUCCCGCCAAACGCACCUCACCAGGCCCGCGAGUUGUCCUACACUGCCCAGCACUGCGCUGUGAUCCGGAAACGCUCCGAUUGAGCCAGCUGCGUGCCGUGCUCGUAGCCGAUCACCUAGGACGGGUGCUGUGUGCUCAUGGGGUACGUGUGUGCUCAGUGCCCCCGGUGCGGGACCCUCACAUGUCAACUUUCCUCCAGAAACUUCGGGUGGAAUGGCCCACUGCCUCGAAGAGCACGACAGAAACACUGAGAACCCAUGUACUUGCAAACCUUAAUGGUUCUGAGGAGACACUGCCCCCUGGCGUCCUAGGCCGACUGUGUCUGAAGGAACUGGUAGAACAGAGACAUGCUGCUGGCUAUGACCCCAGCAUAGACCACUGUUUGGUGACUGAAGAUCUGCUCUCUGUGCUGUCUGAGCUGCAGCAGGCUGUGCGCCGUUGGCCAGCGGAUGGCCAACCAGGCCAGGUUGGGGAUCCAGAUGCUGGUGUAGAUGACUGCAUGGUUAUACAUGUGGUGAGCUGUGAGGAGACGUUCCAGCAACAAAAGCUGGAUCUGCUUUGGCAGAAGCUGGAUGACCAGGCUCCUCACAAGCAGAAGCACCUGGUGUGUGGCCCAGUGAAAGUAGCUGGUGUUCCUGGCACCCAGAUGACUGCCCCUGAGUACUACCGGCUCAGACAUGGGCAGGUGUGCAAGGCAUCAGCACUGAAGCAUGGAGGAGACUUGGCACAAGACCCUGCAUGGACCGAGACCUUUGAUAUCCUCUCUGUGGCCACCAUCAAAUUUGAGAUGCUAAGCACAGCUCCGCAGAGCCAGCUCCUCCUAGCCCACAGCACCAUCUCCACAAAGGGCACAAAGAGUGGAACUUUUGUCAUGUAUAACUGUGCCCGCCUUGCCACACUCUUUGAGGGUUACAAACAUGGAAUGGAACAAGGUCUGUACCCCACUUUUCCACUUGUGAGCAGUCUGGAUUUCUCAUUGCUCCAUGACGAGGGUGAGUGGCUGCUGCUUUUCAACAGUGUCCUUCCCUUCCUGGACCUGCUGAGCCAGACUGUGAGCCUGACCAGCACCCCAGGGCUCCACAUCUCAGUUCGCACGGAGAUGGUGUGCAAGUUCCUGGUGCAGCUCAGCAUGGAUUUCAGCUCCUACUAUAACAGAGUACACAUUCUAGGGGAACCUCGGCCACACCUCUUUGGUCAGAUGUUUGCUCGCCUACAGCUUUUGAGGGCAGUACGUGAGGUGUUCCACACAGGCUUGGCUAUGCUGGGCCUCCCUCCGCUGAGCCACAUCUAAGGGCCCAAUAGCUAGGAAUGUUUAUAAAAGCAUCAACUGGGAAAAAAACAAAACCUCACAGAUGUUGGGCACUAAAAGUCAGAAUAAAUACAAUUUCAUCCUA